AUGGUACCACCAGCAAGCAGAAGGCUGAGCAAAUCAAGGGCACUGGGUAUAGUGGGUGCAACGGUGGCAAUACUUGCCACAUCAUACUAUUUCUAUCAAAAAUUAACGAGCGCAAGCGGUGAUGAUGACUUAAGGCCUUUGAAGGAUGGUUCUGCGACCAAAAACAAAAAGGCAAGAAAAAGUAAAUGCGUUAUAAUGAGCAAGUCACUGCAAGGGCUGUCUAUUGACUGGAGCGAAUACGUCACGGAAGAUGUAGUUUUGCUGGUGCCUAUGAGCCAGACUGAGGGAUCAGUUAGAGAAGCCAUUAAGCAAGCAUUUUACAGCUCAGGGAACGAACACAAGAUUAUACUCUGCGAUAACAUGGACGGAUUAUGGUCAUGCGUAAGAAGGCUAGGUAAGUUCCAGUGCAUCUUGAAUUCCAAGGACUUUUCAGGCGCUGAUGGCAGUGACACCGCGGUUGUCCCCGAAGACAUAGGCAGGUUUGUGAAUUUUGUUGUUGACAGUGAUAUUGAGAGUGUUCUAAUUGACACAAUAUGUAAUUGA